GAGAGAGGGAGAGGGGGAGAGAGCGAGAGGGAAGGAGAGAGAGCGAGAGAGAGAGAGAGAGAUCUGAUCAACAACAACAACACUGCUCCUCUCUGACGCCGCUUUUACCGGAUUCAGCCGUUUGCCGCGGCCUCGGCGAACACGAAGAGGCUACGGGGACUUCCCGUCUGAUCGGCGGCAGCCCGCGGUGCGUUGUUCAUACAUUCGCUGCGUUGAAUGCCAUUGCGGAAGUGAGACGCUUUUGGACACGACACAGAGCCUGCGCUGUGUGGACAUCUAGCGGCCGAUCGGCAGAAGGCGUCCCUCCUCGAGAUGUACGGAGCAUCGGGCAUCCCGCAGCUCAUCCCGGCCACCGGGCCGCCCCGGCAGCCGGGUCCGGCGGGGCCCUACGGCCCGGGACACCCCCAGGUGAACGGCGACAGCGGGGGGGGCAACCCGCAGAGACUCGGACACAGGGCCCCCAAGCUGGGACAGAUCGGUCGAACCAAGAAAGUGGACUUGGACGACGAAGACCUGGAUGACAUCAUGAACAACAACGGGCAGUGUCCUGUAUCCCUGUCGCCCAUCUCCUAAACUUCACCAAGAAGUGCCAUUUCAGAAAAAAAAAAUGUAAAAAAAGAAACCCCCUCGCAGGACGCCGAGGCUCCCCGUCAGUGAUCCUGGUCUUGAUCCCCUCGCGUGACACCGACCGACGCGUCCGACGGCUCAGCCGGGCUCAAAAAAACGCCUCAUUUAGCGGCAGUCGAAGCCGAGGCCCCAACUGUACAUAUUGUUUUAUUUAACUCGCCUUUGGCGCUCUCUGCACUGCACCUCGGCAGGCCGUAGAUUAUCAGGACGUGAGAGCAGGACAGUGUCUUUAUUCUUCAGAGCUUCUUAACAAGGGCUACGUUUCUAAAGGUGGCACGGAAGCAAGUGGUUUGGUGAAACGCAGCUUCUCACCUGCCUGUUUUCUGGUGAGGGAUCCCGAGCCUGUGGCUUGGCUGUGUGCGGGAACGCAGACCUGUUGACGUGUAACACACAGGUGAAAUGUUACGCUUUGGUUGUGCAGUGACUGUCGUUCUUUACUCUCACACCAAUGCAAGUGGUGCACUAUCCAGUGGGCAAAAGCCUGCGAUUUACUGAAGGAAAACAAAUGCCUGCUAAAUAUUUAUUGUUUGAAAAAAGAAAUGGGAAGAAACACUUUGUUGUGUUGUUAUGGCUUCUAAGUGUUUUUUUUACUUGUUUCCGAGUGGAAGUUGCGUCAGUCUUCGUUAACUGAGAUUCAAUAUGUUCCCAAAUGGUGCACUUUGUAGGAAUGCCUGUUAUGUGCCGUGACAUGUUGCAGAAUUCUAUGCAUGGAGUCUGUUAAUGCAUCAAAACACGUAACUGGUAUCCUGUUAUUAAGGGCUAAUGUAGAAGUAUUUCAAACCGCAGCACCGUUGUGCUCUUUAAAUCAUGCAGAGUCAACAUUUUCCUGAGCUCAUUGUCGGCUCGGCCUGCUGACUCAGCAGAAAAAUGUCGUAAACAACAACAACAGCUUUAUGGAGGUUGUUGGCUUUCAAAGGCGGGGUUUCCCAGGUUUGCGAGACAACUGUGGUAAAACAUGUACAGUCGUAGUUCUUUUAAAUCAAUUGCCAAAAGACAUUUGAUGCUGUAUUACAAUCGUGAUCGAAAUAGAUUGGCACGUGAAUAUAUGUCGUGAUGAACAACACUUUAUAUCGAUAUUUACAGCAGUAAUCUGCUGGGGCUACACCCAGAUGGUGUCAGAGUGUCUUUUGGGUUCAAGUGAAGUCUUUAAAGAUCAUGCCAGCCAUUACUUCACAAUUACAGUAUGACAUAAUGAAAACAAGCAGCUCUCCAUUAUUCGUUCUCACUGCUGAGACAAUCUUAACACUGAAGCUUUGGGUUUUUGAAGAUUGCAGUGGACCUUGUAAUGACAUGCUAUUGUCGCUAAAGGCUCACGCUGAUGUCAGUUACUUAUUCGGCUGUGAAAUUGUUACUUGUUCACUUUAACCUUUUUUUUUUGUGUCACAGCCCAAAUGACUCAAUGAUUGUCUUUGGGACUAUGGCUAACUUCUGCAUGGAAAUAGUUGACUUUUCUUAAUGCAUCUCGAUGAAUUAAAAAUGAAUCUUUGUGGAA